GAUGGCGCAUUUACGUUGUAGAUGUCUAUGGGCUCCAGUUACCACUUAACAACCAGGUGGGCUGUGAGCUCGUCCAUCAAAGCAAAAAAAAAUACUUAGAUGAGAUUGACAUCGAUCGUACUUAUUAUAACCUAAGCGCCAUUUAAUAUAUACGCAAUAAUAGGGUAUAAAGUAUGAAAUUGCCGUUCUAUUGUAAUAGGUACUUCGAAUUGACAUAGAACCUUCAUGGCUUGAGAUUUUUUAGUAAAACUUUAUUCAAAUGGUACCUAUGAGGUUCUUCUUUUAAAAAAUGUUCAACAUUCGAUUAUCGACUUUCAGUUGGGUUUUUUCAUUAAGCUUAAACAAGAUGCGAUACUUCGAAAAUCGAGUGAUUUUUGACUAAGAGUUCCGACGCGGAACUAACGCUGCAGAAACAGCUUGCAAUAUCAAGCACCGUUUGAUUUUGGUUUAAGCGCUUUCGUGAUGGAAAUUUUGAUUUGAAGAACGAACCACGUGGAAUACGGUCGGUCUUGUGAUUAACAAUGAAUUGAAAGAGAUGGUGGAAGCCGAUCCGAGCCAAACUACCCAGGAGUUAGCGGCAUGGUUUAACGUUACCUUACCAACAGUAUUGAGUCAUUUGCGUCAAAUCAAUAAAAUAAAAAAAUACGAAAAACGGGUGCCUCAUAAUUUGACUGAUCUGCAGAAAGAAACUUGUGUUGCCUUGUUGAAUCGAUACAGAAGUGAAGGAAUUUUGGAUCGAAUUGUGACAUGUGAUGAAAAGUGGAUUCUUUACGAUAACCGUAAGCGAAAAAUGCAGUGGCUGACCCUAGGUCAAACGCCGCAACAGUGUCCUAAAGCAAAGCUUACCAAUAAAAAGAUAAUAGUAACUGUUUGGUGGUCUCAGCAUGGUGUUAUGCACUAUAACUUUCUCCGAUCUGGCCAAGGAAUAACGGCAUGUCUACGUGCCAAACUCCAAACAAGGAUAGCAAAACUUGCAAUGAAAAAUAGCCCCGACUCAUGAAUCGAUCUUCGCCAUUAUUGCUCCAUGAUAACGCGAGACCUCAUACAGCACGAGAAACCGUUUUAACUCUACAGGAACUGCAAUUAGAUAUUAUUCGUCACGCUCCGUAUUCGCUAGACCUUGCUCCAACGGACUACCAUUUUUUUCGUGAUUUGGAAAAUUUUCAACGUAAUAAAAAGUUUUCUUCCCAGGAGGCAGUACAACAUGCUUUCACACAGUUUGUAGAAUCUAGAUCACCAGAAUUCUAUGGCAAGGGAUAAAUGGCCUUCCUAUUAGAUUGCAGCAAUGUAUAAAUAAUAAUGGUAGAUAUUUUGAAAUAAAUAUGCUAAAUGAAAAAAAAAAACUAAUUUCAGUUUUUCAGUACAAAUCGGCAAUUUCAUACUUUAACCCCUAAUAUAUUACAUACGAAAACUGAAUGUUGGAAACAAAAUAUAGUAACAUGACAAUAGUAUUAAACAGCUAAUCGUAAAAGUAGUCUGAAGUUAUGCCUAGAAAUAAUCACAGUGUAAUAUAUUAGUUAUGGUAAUAAUUUCGAACAAAAUAUAAACUUGAUUUUGAAAUAUUUCUGGUUCCAUGGAAGUCCGAGCUUGACUUUCAAGUUCCAAUCGUCAAUCCUAUUGUCAAUAUUUUUGAAAUGUCAUUUUAACUAAUAUUUUUUUUAGUUACAAAACUAAAUAAAUGCCCACAAAACGCAAGCUUAGGUCCUUUACGCCGUUAUUAAUAGAAGCGGAAAAAAGAUCUGUAAAAAAUGGAGUUCACCACGCCGUGUUUACUUCUAGGUUUGAUAAAUACGUCGGGGAUUGGAAGAACGAUUUGAAGGACGGGAAAGGCGCUUUUGUCACUGUUUCUGGAAAAUUAUACGAAGGAGACUGGUAUAAAGGUUUUAGGCACGGUUUUGGUGUCUUAAGUAAUAAGCUGCCUGAUAAUACCUAUAAACUGGAGUACCGUGGCGAAUGGGUUCGCGGAAAACCAGAAGGUGUCGGUUGGCGUUAUUACGGCAAUGAAGACGUUUACUUCGGUUUCUGGAAAAGUGGUCAAAAACAUGGGUACGGUAAAAUGUGGUAUUCUGACAACACCUUUUACACCGGGUAUUGGAAUAAAGACCAGAGAGAGGGAUUGGGAAUGUUUGUAGAAGUUAAUGGAAACUGGUAUGAAGGCCACUGGGAAAAAAAUUUGAAGAGCGGUUUUGGCAGAUACUAUCACAUGCACACUGGACAACUACAGGAGGGCUGCUGGGUGGAAAACAUCUGCGUCAAGUCAAUGAUGUUAGAUAUUGAUGUGAGGCAGUAUUGUGAUAGGCCCACACAAUAUCCGAUACCAAUGGAGCAACUUCAGGACUCUCGACUUAUAUUAGAAAAGAGCGAAUUCUGGGUAAAGCAAAAAAUUGGUAGAAUUGAUAAAAAAUUACAAACGUGCAUUGAUAAAAUGAAUUCAACGUGACUAAAGAUUUUGUAACAUAAUUUUAUACACAUACAGUACAUUUAAAAAAUAUUUAUUUGAUAUAAUUCUUAUUUUAUUACACAAUGUCAUUAUCACAUCACAAUUUACAUAAUAAAAUGGAUUAAGUAGUAGCUA